GUUGCACCAGAGCAGAAAAUAAACUAACCACAUGAACUGUGUUUUAAUAAGCAUUUCAUCAUUGUGAAAUAAAAUUGAAAGAAAAUGUGAUUAAAUGUAUACGAGAUGAUAUCUGGAGUUAUUUAGAUCAAAUAUUAUUAAUACGAAUUUAAGACAAUACGUAAUAGAUUUACCAGGGAGUAAACGACGAAAUAGUUCUGUCAAGAUGUCUGGUGCAAGAAUGAAUUCUCUGAUUCCAAAAACGACACGUUUUACUUCCAAUGCUAAAUUAGCAUGGAAAGCGUUAAACGGUAUAUUCGCCGUUUAUAAACCUGCGGAAGUCACGUACCUCAAUACACGAGAUACCAUAAUUGUUCGUCUCUGUGAAGACUUGAACAAUAUGCAUGUACGUCCACCGAUUAAACAUGUGAGCAUAGAGGGUAGUACAACGGAAAAGAUGCAAGUAAUUGUCCGACCGAGUUAUGCGGAUCAUACAUUAGUAGUAGGGCCACGGUAUCAAGUGAAGGACUUUAAACUCUCAUGUGCUAAUUACCUGGCCAAAGAUAUAUCAGGGGUUAUGAUAUUUGGCCUUAAUAAUGGCAACAAUAACGCCCAACAAUUGAGUAUUGCUCAACUUCCAAGUAGUUACAAAAUUAAGGGCAUGUUGGGACAAGCAACAGAUAAUUACUUUUACACUGGGAGGAUUGUCGAAAAGGCUGUAUAUAAAUUUGUAAAGCGCAAAGUAAUUGAUCAAUUAUGUGCUGCCAUGCAGGCUUCUCAUCAAAAGUCAAUGUUUGAGUUGAGUGGGAUUGACAUGCAAAGUCAAGCUGCAUUUGAGUUGGCUGCGCGAGGUCUAGUGAGGCCCACGGACAGAAAAAUCCCAAUGAUAUAUAGCAUAAAAUGCAUAGACUUCACACCUCCUGAAUUUACGUUAGAAGUCGUUAGCAUAAACGAGGACGACAUGUAUUUAAAAUCUAUAAUUCAUAAUUUGGGGAUACAACUUCACAGUGUUGCUACAUGCACUCAAAUACAAUGUUUCCGAUACGCCUUGUUCGAUUUGAAUCUGGCUCUAUUGAAGAAACAUUGGACUGUGGAAAAUAUUUUAGAUAACAUUGAGCAAUGCCAUUAUAUACUUAGAAAAAACAAACAAUUAUUGAAACAAAACAAUCCGAUAUUGGAGGAACGAAUAGUUGACUGAAAUUACCUUAAAGAUGUAAAUAUACACUACUGUAUAAAAUAAUCACAUACAUCACACUUGAGUGCCAGGUCAUUCAUAUUUGAAGGAUGCGUGAAUUUUCGUAGGUGUUUAGUCACCCGUAUGUAGAUGAUGGCUUUAUUUACCAAUUAGAAAUCAUUUUACUAAACAUCUCUCUUUUCUAAUUGGAUUUAAUAUGCAGUUAAUAUUACAAUGCCUUUUGUAAACUGCUUUUAAAUGAAAAUGCCGUUGAAGUACGUGAUGAAAAAGUAUAAACAUCGAAGUACAAACCGUAAAGAAGUAUCUUUUCUUUAGUAUCUGAUGUAUCUCCGUUAUGAAGUAUCUUUCUUUAAGUAUUUUAUAAUGUAUAACUGUUCAAGUACUAGCAUUAUAGUCGCAAUCUUGGUGUUUUUACUUCGCGCAUGCGCUCUAAUGUACAGGUUAUGUACAUCAAGGGUACGUCUGAUAAGCAGCAGCACGCAGUCUAAUGUAUUAUAUAGAAAGAUCUGAGAUUUGAACAGCUGUGACAUCUUGAAGUUCCUUUUGUAUUCGUAAGAAGGAUUAUUCUUAUGUUACAUGUAAUCAAUACGAACAUCAAACUGUCAAGACGUUACAACUACUUGGAUACGUUAUUAACAAAAAGAACCAGAAAUCUGUGCAUGUAUACACAAUGAUAUAAAAAAGAUAAUAUUUAACUUAAAAUCACAAUUCCUAUUUGAUACUGAUCGCGAACGCGAUUGUCUGAUGUCAAUUGAUGUGAGAUAACAAAUGAUGUAAGGUAACAAUUUGGCAUAAUGUU